AUGGCAUUUACUGCGGAGGAAGUCGCGAGACGCUAUCCGAUCCACUGGCUAGUGUGGAAUAAUCAUCAUGAAGAGCUGAAAGCUCAUCUGGAUAGCAACAAGUUUACACAAGAAGAACUAGAAACCAAAGACUGUAGAGGUCGCACUCCUCUGUUGCUGGCGGUGACGCUCGGCCACUUGGAGACUACGCGCGUGCUCAUCGAGGCUGGUGCUGAUGUCAACUGCGAGAAAGAUGGCUGGACUGCGGUACAAGAAGCCACCUCCACGGGUAACCCGGAGCUCCUCUCUAUGGUGCUAUCCCGGCGAGACUACCAGCGCCACGUGCUGCGCUCCGGCGGUAUACCGGACUUACUGCGCCGGCUCAGUCUCGCGCCAGACUUCUAUGUCGAGAUGAAGUGGGAGUUUACUAGUUGGGUGCCUCUAGUAUCGCGCAUGUGUCCGUUCGACACGUACAAAGUGUACAAGCGCGGUGGGAAUGUUCGGGUCGACACUACACUCGUCGGGUUCGACAACAAUCGCUGGCAGAGAGGAGACAGAACGUAUAUCUUUCGAGGACAGGGUCGCACAGCGAGUCUAAUGGAAUUAGACCAUGAACUGGGAACGUCAUGGUGUGAGUACUUGGAACCGAUGUCUGGAGAAAGAGAGUGGCCGGCGCCGCCCCCGCAUGUCAUAGAACAACGCUUGGCCGCGCCGCUAGCUAUCAACUACUUGGAUACUGACAAAAUUAGUUUUGAAAGAAAUAAGAGCGGCAUAUGGGGCUGGAGACAGGACAAGACAGAGAAUGUGAAUGGCUACGAGUGCAAAGUGUUCGGUGCGAACAACGUGGAGCUAGUGUCCAAGACUCGCACGGAGCACGUGCGGGGCGCGGGCCCGGCCGCCGCCCGCCCCGCGCACCCCGCCCCGCGGGCGCCGCUGGCGGGGCUACUGGCACUCGCAGACCCUGACGCACAUUCACCUUUGUUACCCGAAAAGCCGCCCCUACAAGACGAGUCCCCGAGUCCCCGCAGCAGUCGGUCCCGCGAGGACCUGUCGUACAUCCCGGUGACCUGGCAGGAAUACUUCUCAGACCUGGAGCUUGACAGGGACAUCGGCAGGCCGAGGGAAGUCGCCACCAAGGUGCAGAAGUUCAAAGCUACGCUGUGGCUCUGUGAGGAUUAUCCUUUAGAGUUACAAGAACAAAUAAUGCCGAUCCUCGACCUAAUGGCCGCGAUAUCGUCACCACACUUCGCCAAACUAAAAGAUUUCGUCCAAAUGCAGUUACCAGCCGGAUUCCCUGUCAAAAUUGAAAUACCUCUCUUCCACGUGCUGAACGCUCGUAUAACAUUCGGCAACAUAUUCGCUACGGAGACUCCCGUCCCUUUCAUAGAAUGUAUACAAGAAGGAGACAGACUGUCGUGUCUAGUGGACGACCAGUGCUUCUCCAUCGGCCGCGGGUACAGAGACUCCGCCGCGCCCGACGAGAGACUCGCCUGCGGAGUCGACGACGAGGAGGGCUUGCUGCAGUAUGCUAUACAACAGAGCUUGAUGGAGACUGGGACGCAGGAUGAUCAGGUGGACGUAUGGGAGGCGCUGCGCGGCGCGCGGCCCGCGUCGCCCGCGCCGGCCGCGCCGCGCAUGCGCACGCACGACACACAUCUACUCGCGCACGAGGAGCGCCAGCUACAGAGAGCGAUAGAAGCGUCCCUAGCAUCGGUGUCAUUGACCCCGAGCUCUCCCGAAGCCCCCAUAGUAGAAGAUGAACUGGACCUCGACACCGACGGUGACGCGGAACUUGCAGCCGCUUUAGCGCUGUCUGCGAGAGAACAAGCUUCCAGAGAUAUGCAGCUUGCAGCGGAACAGAGGGCGUUCGAUGAAGCGCUGCGAUUGUCGCUGCUUGAUAAGUAA